AUGGCUGUUCGUAUACGAUCACGCAGCUUCGGCUCCGGCGUUGAUGACAUUGACAGCACGGAGAUGACCAUCAUCAUCGUCUUCCUCUCGUUAGCUCUAUACAAUGUCCUCGAGCUGUUUUGUAUCAUCUGGAGCACCUUCAAACGAUAUGCCGGACUCUACUUUUGGUCCUUUUUGAUGGCGACGGUUGGCAUCGCCUUGUCGUGUGUGGGAUUCUGUAUCAAGUAUUUCGGGCCGGAGUCGCUGGGCUAUUUCUCUUGCACCCUCAGCUUGAUGGGGUGGGUAUUUAUGGUAACAGGUCAAUCGCUGGUGCUGUGGUCCCGACUGCACCUGGUGCUGAGGAACAGGAGGCGCCUUCGGAUCAUCCUUUGGAUCAUCAUCUUCAAUGCUGUCGUCUGCCACGGCAUGGUCAUCCCUUUGGUAUAUGGAUCGUUUUCGAACAACCCGGAAAUAUUCGAGCAGCCGUACAAAGUUACCGAGCGCAUCGAGAUCGUCGUCUUCUUCCUGCAAGAGAUGAUGCUGUCCGGCCUCUACAUCUACGAGACCAUCAAGCUGUUGCGGAUGGGGGGCAGUCUCGGAAACAAGCAGUCCAGCCGUCGCGUGCUAAAGAAUCUCAUCCUCGUUAACAUCCUGGUGAUGAUCCUCGACGUUACGAUCUUGAGUCUCGAGUUUGCGAACCUCUACGACUACCAGAUCUCGUACAAGCCCUUCGCCUACAGCGUCAAGCUGAAGCUCGAGUUCACCGUCCUCAAUCGCCUCGUUGAGCUGACGAGCGGCGGACGCGAG